AUGGGCGACGCGGACGAGAGCGACGACGACGACGACGACGACUCGGCCGGCGACUUCGACCCCUACCUCUUCAUGAAGCACCUGCCGCCCAAGGCGGCCGCCGCGCGCGACGGCUGGGACGCGGCGCACCCGCGCCUCGGCCCGCGGCCCGCGGGCCACGCGAAGCCCGUCACGCUCGUGCUCGACCUCGACGAGACGCUCGUGCACAGCCAGAUGGAGCCGCGGGGCGACGCGGACUUCGUCUUCGACGUCCAGCUCUGCGGCGUGACGUCGACGGUCUACGCCAAGUCGCGGCCCCGGCUCGACGACUUCCUGCGCUACGCGGCCGCGCGCUUCGAGGUCGUCAUAUUCACGGCGUCGCACCACGCGUACGCGGAGACGCUGCUCGACAAGAUCGACCCGGACGGGAGCCUCAUCGACCACCGCCUCUUCCGCGACGCCUGCGCCACGGUCGACGGCCUCUAUCUCAAGGACCUGGACGUCCUGGGCCGCGACCUCGCCAAGGUCGCGAUCGUCGACAACACGCCCUACGUCUUCGGCUUCCAACCGGACAACGCCAUCCCCAUCGAGUCCUGGUACGACGACGAGGCCGACGACGAGCUGGACAAGCUCAAGGCGCUCCUCGACCGCCUCGAGCACGCGCCGGACGUCCGGCCGCUCCUCGUCGACGCCUUCGCGCUCCGCGCGAAGAUCGACGACGCGGACGCGCUCAGCCGCCGCAACGACAAGUACCUCUAG